UAGAGGUCCGCCGCUUGUGCCGCACGCGUCAUUCCAGCAGGAUGUCGGCCAUCACCACACAGCGCCUGGUGCCUAUCCGUCCGUCGCCGCACAAGGGCCUAACUGUCCCAAAGACCAUGACAGUGAUCACCACGGCCGGCUCCCCGGCCACCUUAACGCCGCCCAAGACGGGGAUAAAAAGGAAGCUCUCGGAACCCAGUCCCGACCCCGUCAAGUGCAAGCGACGCAUCAACUUCGGCGUCGGGUACGUGGUGUCGCCGGCGCCCGUGGCGGUCGCGCGUCGCAACGCCCGCGAGAGGAACCGCGUCAAGCAGGUCAACAACGGCUUCGCGACGCUCCGACAGCACAUCCCAGGCGCCGCCAAGGCCAAAAAGAUCAGCAAAGUGGAGACGCUGAAGCAGGCGGUGGAUUACAUCAGAUCCCUCCAGGAGCUGCUGGAGGACCACGACUCGCUGAUGCGCCACACCAACACCCUGGUGGUGUCGUCGCAGCCCUCGCCGGCGGCCCCCAGGGCGCCCUCGCUGCCCUACACCAACGCCGUCGCCCCCACCACCCUCCUCACCCAGUCCCAGUACCGCGUCAUCCAGUACCCGAGUUACUACUACAGCGAAAAUGUGUCCCCGGUGGCCGCGUCAGUGUACCCCAUGAGCGUGUCGUCCGUGUCGCCGACGUGCAGCGACGCCGCCGCCUCCCCGACGCCCUCCUACGACUCGGCGUUCUCCGCCCCGGAGGCGGCGUCGACGGUGGGCAGCGUCACCAGCGUCUUCUCCCCCACCACGACGACCACCACCACCACCACCAUCCUCCCCGACGCCCUCGACGCCCUCGACACCUACGACCCCGCCAACUCCCCCGAGGACGAGGAGCUGCUCGACGCCAUCGCCCUCUGGCAGAGUUGUCAAUAGCAGAUGCUGUAGAGGGAACAUCUAGUCAUGCUUUUCUAUCAUCGUGUACUACUGGUCAACUUCCCCCAGUACGGCUACAUCAUCAUCAUCAUCAUCAUCAACGGGCAAAUGGUCUAUUUUGCUCUACGUGAGGUUUCUGUCCACGCUGAGCUGGUCUUAGGACACCUGCGUUACCAUUUGACAGAUGUACCGCCCCCCAGUGAAGGCCAAGAGGGCUUCCAACGUCUUCAUCGAGUCUCCUUCCAUCCUGUAGAAGACCAUCGCAGCUCCAUCUCCAGGCUUCUGAAGGAUGGGGGACACCACAGCUCCACGUGAAAACAAAAGAACUCGCUCUUUCCGUCUGCAGCCAUCAGCCGUCGGUGGUCGCUACCAGUGGGCGUCUCUCCAAAGAAGCUUCUCCAGCAAAUGCCUCGUCAGGGGUCCAAUACUGGCUCCGUCAGGUCCCCGCGUCUCCUCUCUCGUGUUCAAGGAAAAUUCAGCGACCUCUAAUACGCUGAUUUGUAGUACGUGCAGAAAAUGGCACUACAGCCUUAUUGUAACUGAUAUCUAGAAGUCAAGUCUUCCUCGUGGAUUCUCCAAACCCUUGUGCGAACGUCGAAGGUGUUCCAACAACGUCCCGAUGUCCUAGGCGUCGCAACGACGUUAGGACAUCCAACGUAUUCCAAUGACGUCCCGAUAUCCAAGGUGUCCCAACGACGUUCCAAUGUCCACGGUCUCCCAACGAAGUUCAAGCGUCCAAGGCAUCCCAACAACGUCCCAAUGCCCAACGUGUCCCAAGGACGUCCCGAUGCGGUGGCUGAUGGCUCCGGGACCUAUGCAACUGGCGGUAGAAGAGGAAAAGGGGCCCCCUGUCCACUUUCUAAUGCUAAUGAUAAUCGAUGUCUGUAAUCAACCAAACAUACUGCACCAGCAAAGCGACAAAGACAGAAAAUAAAGAAGGAAAGGGAGGCCAUAGGAAUAUAGAGAGAACAAAACAGCCUCUUUGGGAAGCCCGAGGAAGAUAUCAGACUACAGUCACGAUGCGAGGGUCUAUCUUUGUAUUCUAGUCCCAGAAUGGUCUGAGGGACUGAGAACGGCCCGAGGGUAUGAAAAGGGACUUUGAAGGUGAUCUGUAGACGGUCUGAGUUAACUAUAAUCUACACCCAUUACAAUAAUCCAAACCAGAUCCUUCUCCAAAGAAAGCAUGGCAAGAUUUAAACAAGAAAAAACUC